ACAUACAAUCACCACUCAAUAAACAAACAAAAAAAAAACAAAAAUAAUUAUCACAAGUUCUAAAUAAUCAUCCAAUAAACCAAUAAAUAAAAAUCAACUAAACAAACAAAAAAAAAAAGAAAAACAAAUCAGUAAUAUAAAACCAAAAAAAAACAAGACGCCAAUAUUUCUUUUUUUUAACCAUCUUUUUUUAUAUAACAAUAUAAAAAUUGACACAAUACAGGUAUGUCAACAAAACAAACAAAAAAUAAUAACAAAUCAAUAAACAAUAAUCACAUAAAUAAUAUAAAUUUUUAAAUAAAAAUUUCUAUCAAUUAUCAAUUAAAUAUUAAAAUUAAAAAAAAAAGUUUGGUUAGAAUUUUUAGAACAGGGUCUGUUAAACGUCACGUACGGUCAUGUAAAGUGAAAAAAGAAAAAAUAUUUUUCCCACUCUUAAAAUAUCGCGCACAACAAACCCAACAAACCCUGUACCCCCCACCAAAAAAAAAAUUUUUAGUUAACCAUCAACCGCUUUAGCCGCACACUCAACAGAUUGAGGUGUGGCCACAGACGGCAGCCAUUUUAAAUUGAUCACUGUCGCAUAAGAUUUUUCAGCCCUUCUCCACUUGAACCUAACAUCAAAAUAAUAAUAUAUUUACAAUACAACUACCUGAAAAACAAAAAAAAAAAAAUACACAGUGAUUUUAUAAACAAACAAAAAGUGUGAAAAACAAUACGAAAAAAUAAACAAUUAAAUAGGACGCUGUGAGAAAAUAUAAAAUAAUAAACUGAGACUUUAAACGAUGGGAUGCAUUUUGGGCCGAGCCCUUGGUUCAGACGAUAAUGGUUACCCUGGAUCAGGAUUCAUGGCGGCGAUUAGGAAGAAGCUUGUAAUCGUGGGCGAUGGUGCUUGUGGUAAAACUUGUCUGCUAAUAGUAUUUAGUAAAGAUCAAUUUCCAGAAGUUUAUGUACCAACAGUUUUUGAAAAUUAUGUUGCUGAUAUUGAAGUUGAUGGCAAACAGGUUGAACUUGCACUUUGGGAUACAGCUGGACAAGAAGAUUACGAUAGACUUCGUCCAUUGUCAUAUCCAGACACUGAUGUUAUAUUGAUGUGUUUUUCAAUUGACAGUCCUGAUUCAUUAGAGAACAUUCCUGAAAAAUGGACACCAGAAGUUAAACAUUUUUGUCCAAAUGUACCAAUUAUACUUGUUGGAAAUAAAAAAGAUUUACGUAAUGAUCCAACAACAAUUAAAGAACUUGGAAAAAUGAAACAAGAACCAGUUAAACCGGAGGAAGGUAGAGCAAUGGCUGAAAAAAUUAAUGCUUUUGCUUAUCUUGAAUGUUCAGCAAAAAGCAAGGAAGGUGUUCGAGAAGUAUUUGAAACCGCAACAAGAGCCGCACUCCAAGUAAAAAAGAAGAAAAAGGGCAGAUGUAGACUGCUUUGAGGUGUUUUGCAAAAAUGGGCCCAACAACGACGGGUGGAAGAUUUCAAAAAAUAAUUCAAAAAAAAAAAAAAAAAAAAAGUAAAAAAAUAUAAAUUAAUGGAAAGAAAAUCAUGGAAUUGCGGAGAUUUAAAGUUUGCUAGCUUGUCAAUGGAGGCUAGUCGUUAUGCCGGAGGCCCCUGAUGCAUAAAAAUGAUUUAAAAAAAAAAAAGAAAAAAAACUAUAACAUACUUGAUAUCUUACUUUUAAUUACUUUACAUAAUAAAAACGAUCAACAAAUUGAAAAAAAAAAAAAAAAAAAAAAAUAUAUGUUUUAAAAAAUGAAAAAACAAAAAAACAAACGUCCAGCUUGGAAUAAUGCGAUGAAUGAAAAAUGAAGGAGAAAAAAAAAAAGUGAAAGAAAAGAUUAAAAUGCCUGAUGAAUUUUAAAUUGAUAAAAUUUUUACUAUCAAUUUUUUUUUCGAUUCAUAAUAGUAAUUAUUGCGCAUAUUUUUUUUCUUUUUUUAAAUCGUAAUUAAUGUCGAAUUUUUGAGUCUGUCAGAUCGUGUAAAUGUUUUAAAGUUACAAUAUCUGUACGAAUGUUUUACUGGCUGUCUGUGUAUAGAAAAAAAAAUCUAAAUUCUUUGUUUUCCGUGCAAUUGUAAAAAAAAAUAUCUUCAAUUUCCGGCAGAUAAAAAGUAUCAUACUAAAAAAAAAAAACCAACGUGGUUUUUUUUUUUUUGUAAUAAAAGAAAUAAGCAAUUUUCUUCUUUUUUUUUUCUCCUUAUUUUUCUUUUAUUAAUUAUUAUUAUUUUUUUUUGUCACAUGAUAUCCAACAACUUUUCUUUUUUUUUUUUUUUAUAAUUAUUUUGAGUAAACAAUCAGGACCAUGUUAUCAAACUGAUAACAUUAUGAGCGAAUUGAGAAGGCAACGAGCAAGUUAACAGAAAUAAAUUUUACCAUGCACUUAAAAUAUUUAUCAAAAAUGAUGAAUAUUUUUUUUAGUAAAUAAGCCGCGUUUUCCUCAGUUUAAUAUAUUAAUAAUAAAUAUAUAAAUAUAUAUAUUUUUUUUUUCACAACAUUUUAAUAUUGAAAAAAUAAAUAUAUAGCUUAAACUUGAUUGUUUUUUUUUCCUUUUUUUUUAUUGAUUAUUAAGAUACCAAGUAGAAUAAAUGUAUUAUUAUUUUUAUUCAUUAUUAUAACUAUUAAAUUAUAAUUAUUAUUGUACUGCGAUGACACUAACAUAAAAAUUAACGGUUGUAUGAUACUCAUGUAUUCCGUAAACGAAAAACAACAAUAAUAAUGAAAAACAAUUUAAAAAAAAAUACACAGAUUCUCAUGCAUCCCUCUUGUUAAUUAAAAAAAGAAAAAAUCAAUUACUAUUAUAUGUGUGUGUGUAAAAAAUAUUAAUUUUUAUUAUUAUUUUUAAAUAAAUAAUCACACUAUUUUUUUUAUCAUAAACUUGUACUUGAAGCACUCAAAUUUCUUAUAUAUAUUAUUUUUUUUUUUCGUGAGUGUUGUGUGGUAAUAAUGAGUGUAAAAAAAAAUAACACACUCGAUGCUUAUUAACAAUUUAAAAAAUUUAUUUAAAAGCCAAGAAAAAAAACUACUAAUUGAAUUGAUUAAAAAAAAUAUAUAUAGUAAUAAAUUAAUUGAAAGAAAUGUUUUCUAUUUUUUUAAAAUGAAUUUUGAUAAAUCAGUUUAUGUUUUUUGAGCUAUUUAUUUAUAAACUGAGAGAGAACGCGGUAGGAUCGUGGUAAUUUUUAUUUUUUU